CCACUUUUCAAAGGAAAACAAAACCCUGUUGUGAAAAAGAAGUAAAACCCCAAUUUCACUACAAUGAUCGUUAUAGACAUUCUUGAUAGUGAUGAUGAAGGUGGUGAUCAACCACAAGUUCAGAAUCACGCAGCAGCAGUCGAUGAUCAGAGUCAUUUGAUCAACAGGAGUUUCUGGAAAGCAGGAUCUUUUGAAAUUGGCCCAACAAAAUGGGCUCCUUCUCAAGGUGAACUGGAACAUGCUCGUGUGCACCCGAAGUUUCUUCAUUCGAAUGCAACUUCUCACAAAUGGGCUUUUGGAGCAAUUGCUGAGCUCUUGGAUAAUGCUGUUGACGAGAUCAAUAACGGGGCGACUUUUGUGAAAGUUGACAGAAUUUACAGCAAAAGGGAUAAUUCUCCUGCUUUACUUUUUAUCGAUGAUGGAGGCGGAAUGGAUCCAGAUGGCAUUCGGAAGUGCAUGAGCUUGGGAUACUCAACAAAGAAGGCAAACAACACAAUCGGGCAGUAUGGUAAUGGGUUCAAAACAAGCACUAUGCGGUUAGGAGCCGAUGCGAUUGUUUUCAGCCGUUCAUCUCGGAACGGACGAGCAACCCAAAGCGUUGGUCUCUUGUCCUAUACGUUUCUACGCAGAACCGGACAGGAUGAUGUUAUCGUCCCAAUGAUUGAUUUCGAUAUCUCGAAGAACCGGUCAGAUCCUAUAACAUACGGCUCUCAAGAGGACUGGUUGUCUAACUUAAAGACAAUUCUUGAAUGGUCACCGUUCGCUUCAAUAGAUGACCUGAUCCAACAGUUUGAAGUCAUCGGUUCACACGGGACAAAGAUAAUCAUAUACAACUUAUGGCUCAAUGACGAAGGCGUCUAUGAGUUGAACUUCGACGAAGAUGACGAGGAUAUAAAGUUGAGAGAUGAAACCGCUCAAUCGUCUAACGUGAGAAAGAAAGUAGCGGAAACACAAGCACACAUUUCAUACCGCCUUCUUCAUUCGUUAAGGGCAUACGCUUCUAUGUUGUACCUUAGAAAGUUCAACAACUUCAAAAUCAUCUUGAGGGGGAGGCCCGUAGAGCAGUAUAAUAUAGCAGAUGACUUAAGAAACCCGCAAGUAACCCUCUACAGGCCACACGUUUCAUCUAUGAAGGAGGCUGUUAUGGAGACAACCCUUGGGUUUAUUAAAGAAGCACCGGCGAUUGGAGUUAACGGAUUCAACGUGUACCAUAAAAACCGUUUAAUUCGUCCGUUUUGGAAAGUAACUAGCGAGGGAAGCUCUAGAGGUUAUGGAAUUGUUGGAGUUCUUGAAGCAAAUUUCAUCGAACCCGCACACGACAAACAAGAUUUCGAAAGAUCGUUUGUGUUUUCAAGGCUGGAAACGAAACUGAAACAGAUGCAAAUGGAUUACUGGAAACAGUACUGUCACUUAGUCGGGCACCAGCCAGAUCCAAGUUCCUUGCACAAAUCGCAGAACCAAGGUGACGCGUUUGAUCAAACUAGCCCGAUCCCGGGUCAUCCGGCUAACCCAAGUCUCGGAAUUAGUGGUUCACAGGCGGGGAGCCAUGGCAGAGGCGUUUACAACAAUGUCACGCCACUGGUUCAACCGUCUCCUGGAUUUCAAACUGGGCUUGCUCAAGAAGUGGCACACGGAGAUAGCUCAAUGGAUAUUGAUGAAAUACGUGACGAGAACAUCCAACUGUUCUUGAGGCGCGAGGAGUAUUUACAAAGGGAGACUGCGUUGAAAACUACGGUGGAGGAUUUGGAGAAAAGAGUUGCGGACACCAAAAUGAAAUGCGCUGAACUUUAUUCGCGUAUCGAUCUUUUGAGAAGGCAGAAUCAUGUAACAUGAGAAAAAAGGUUAUCAGGUGUAUAUAAAUGGUGCUUGAUUCACUGUCGUUUCAACAGUCUUGUUGCUGAUUAGUGGGUUUUAGGAAUCCUUUUGGAAUGAUGAAAUGCUUAAAUGUUUAUAUAUCACUUGCCUUAA